GCUUCCGACCAGCCAGCAAGCAACACCAGGAUAGGCUGCCACAGCCAGCCAAUCAAAACGUGCGCAGAGCUGAGGUUGCAGAAAAAAAAAUAAAUCCCAGGGAGAAGAACCCUGUCUUGAGUUUCCAUUUUCAAGAGAAAAAAAUAUCGAAAUCCUCCAAAAAGUCGUGGUAAAGUGGCGCCGAAGGCGGACUGGGGGUUCAAGGACGACCGCAGCUGAAACUGCGUGCCGGUUCUGACUGCGCUUUGGUGGUUUUUUCCACUGUUUUUACGAGCGGAUGAAAACUUGUGCGGCGGCGCAGGGAGCCAGCGAGCAGGACGGAGCCCCAGUCCCCCCGGAGCCCAGGAGCGGGGCGGCGGGCAUCGCGGAGCCAUCCUUCUGAAACCAGGCAUGGCUCACAGCUCCCUGGCAGCGGCGGCCGAGGCCGCAGGCAGCUCUGCUGACAGCUGAAGGGGGCACCCUCAUCCCGGGCUGGAAUGACGCAGCAGGAGUGCAGCCCGGCAGCAGAGUGACGACCACGCCGACGACGAUGGGCCUUAGCGCCUCCAGUUACCCUCACUCAUGCCCCCCCCGCGUGGCGGGCAGCUCGCAGGCACAGCAGACCUUCAUCGGCACCUCCUCCUACACGCAGCAGGGCUACGGCUGCGAGGCCAAGCUCUACAGCCUGGAGCAGCAUGGACCCGACAAGCCGCCGGACAAGAAGAAGCGGAGUUCAGGCCUGGCCACGCUCAAGCGACGCCUCAUCCGACGCCGCAAGUCGGGCCGUGCCGCCGACCACGCCCGCCACAUGAGGGAGCUGCUGAGCGGCUGGGACGUUCGGGACGCCAACGCGCUAGUGGAGGAGUACGAGGGCACCAUGGCACUCAAGGAGCUGAGCCUGCAGGCCGGUCUGGCCAGGCCGGAGGCGCGGACGCUAGCGCGUGACCUGGCCGCCCUCUACGAGCACAAGUACUGCACGGAUGUGGACCUGAUUUUCCAGGACGCCUGCUUCCCGGCGCACCGCGCCAUUCUGGCUGCCCGCUGCCCCUUCUUCAAGACGCUGCUGUCCUCGCAGCCCGAGUUCGGCGCUCAGGUGCUGUUGGACGUGCGCACGGCCGGCAUCGACGUGCCCAUGUUCUCGGCGCUGCUGCGCUUCCUGUACACGGGUGAACUGGCGCCAGGCGAGGCGCGCCUGCAGAAUAUCGACAUGCUGCUGCAGCUGACAGAGGAGUUUGGCACGCCCAACCCGCUGGACGCCGACAUGCGCGGCCUCCUCGACUACAUGUGCUACUACGACUCCCUGCUGAGCUUCACCUCCGACGGUCAGCUGGUAGAGGCGUUCGGGGGCGAAGCCGGGCCUGGUGUCUGCGCUGUGGCGAGCCCGGGCCGCCCCGAGGAGGAGCUGCGGGCCCACAAGGCCGUGCUGUCGGCGCGCUCGCCGUUCUUCCGCAACCUGCUACAGCGGCGCAUCCGCACGGGCGAGGAGAUGACGGAGCGCGCCCUGCAGGCGCCCACGCGCAUCGUGCUGGACGAGUCCAUCAUCCCGCGCAAGUACGCGCGCGUCAUCCUGCGCUGCAUGUACACGGACGCUGUGGACUUGUCCUAUGUGCUGCGCUCCAGCCCGUCAGCCGGCAGCCUAGGCGAGGUGCAGGCCCUGGUGGCUGGGAAGGUCGACCUGAGCCGUGCAGAAGAGGCAAUGGAGCUGUAUCACAUCGCCCUCUUCCUGGAGUUCAGCAUGCUGGCCCAAGGCUGUGAGGACCUGGUGGUGGACAGCCUCUCUCUGGACUCUGUCGUGCCGAUUCUCAAAUGGAGCUCACAGCCGUACGGCUCCAAGUGGGUCUACCGGCAGGCCGUGCACUUUCUGUGCGAGGAGUUCAGCCAGGUCAUGACCUCGGACGUUCUGUACGAGCUGAGCAAGGAGCAUCUGCUCACCGCCAUCCAGUCGGACUAUCUGCAGGCCAGCGAGCAGGACAUUCUCAAGUAUGUCGUGAAGUGGGGAGAGCACCAGCUGAUCAAGAGAAUGGCUGACCGAGAGCCCAACCUGCUCAGUGGAACAGCGCACAGCGUGAACAAGAGGGGGGUGAAGAGGCGGGACCUGGACGUGGAGGAGCUGAAGGAGAUCCUGUCCCCGCUGCUGCCCUACGUCCGCAUCGAGCACAUCCUGCCGCCCAACAGCGAGGUCCUCUCCGAUGCCAUGAAGAGAGGCCUGAUUAGCACACCCCCUUCAGACAUGCUGCCCACCGCCGAGGGGGGGAAGGCCAACGCCUGGCUGAGACAGAAAAGUGCUGGCAUCUACGUGCGACCCCGCCUCUUCUCACCAUACGUGGAGGAGGCCAAGGCUGUGCUGGACGAGAUGAUGGUGGAGCAGACCGACCUGGUCCGGCUGCGCAUGGUGCGCAUCUCCAACGUGCCCGACACGCUCUACAUGGUCAACAACGCCGUCCCCCAGUGCUGUCAUAUGAUCAGUCACCAGCAAAUCACCAGUGGGCAGGCGGCCCCCCCAUCCGUCGUGGGUAAUGAGGUGCCAGUGCCCAAGUUGUCGGUGGUGAAGGAGAUGAUCCAACGGCUGCAGGAGCUCCGGCACACGGACCAGGUACAGCGAGCCUACGCGCUUAACUGCGGCGAGGGAGCCACCGUCAGCUACGAGAUCCAGAUCCGCGUGCUUCGCGAGUUCGGCCUGCCUGACGGAGCGGCUGAGUUGCUGCAGAACCCGCACAAGUUCUUCCCCGACGAGCGCUUUGGAGACGAGAGCCCGGUGCUGGCACUGCGCCAGGCGACUCGAUGUCGGGUCAACAGCACGCCAGCGGUGGAUGGCGGCUUUGCCGAUCUGGAACCCAUGGCGGGCUUCCACCCACCGCUGCCCCCGCCCCCCCCACCUUACCAUCCCCCCACCACGCCUGGCCACACCCAGCUGAAGGCCAGCUGGAGGCCUCGUGCUCCCAGCCAGCCCCCAUCCCGCUCCUUCUCGUAUCCAUGCAACCACACAGUGUUGCCCCGACACCCCGCCUCUAAGCAUGGGAGCCCCGCCUACCCAGCAGCCCCCAAGGUCCUGCCCCCGGAUUGUACCAGCCUGCCCGGUGUCCGGGCUAUCCCCCCGGACAAGCAAGGGAACAUGGAGCCGGUCAUCAAUGAGUUCAUGCCAGAUAUCGCCAUGGGCGUCUCGGCCAUGAGCCUGAAGGAGCGCCGCUCCCCAGAGGGCCCCGCAGACGGUGAGCGCGGCAACUUCCACUCGCACGCCUCCACCAUGCCCCCCCCGCAGCACUACGCCACCGGGGCCGGGACUUGCCCCCCCGGCCGGCACGGCCUGCCCCCCUGCAAGAAGCACGGUCCUGAGCCCCAGCCAGAUGUCCGUUCUGACUUCCCCGACAUCUACGAUUUUCCCUGCCGUCCCACCACUCCUGGCGCCAGCCGGCGCACGCCACCACCCCCACUGCCCUACGUGGGACCUGACCUUUACGGUGCCGCCCGCCCGGCCCUUGGGCCCCUCCCGCCGGCCUACAUGCCUGAUAUGCCGCCCCCCGCCUGGCCGCCUGCGGACCCCCUGCGCCUGGACGUUCUGGAGCAGCCCCUGCAGCGCGUGCCCGUGCCUGGCACCCACGUCUCCAGGGGGCGCUCCAAGAAUGAGUCGGACCAGACCUGCGGCCUGGCGCCGCUGCGCUCCCCCAGCGCACCGGAGGGGUCUGCAGGCGGGGCUGAGCCUGGGGGGGUGCUGCUCCCCCACUGGAACAGCAGCGGCGAGGAGGCCAUGUCCGGCCGGGACCGCAGGUCUCCCAACAAGCCCGAAUACUCUUACCGCAAAUCUGCACUUUAACCACGGACUGGAGCACGAGGAACUAAAGGGAGAAGUGAGGGCUGGGUGGGCGGGGAGCUGCUCGGCGGGGCUCCGUGGCGGGGCUCCGUGGCGGGGCUCCGUGGCGGGGCUCCAUCGCGGGGCUCCAUCGCGGGGCUCCAGUGGCCUGGUUAGCUGGCCCAGAGCUGUGUGAUCACCCAAUAAGUUCCUGCUUGUUCACUAAAUCCCUGAAGCUCUCACCCCCCUCCUGAUGUGUCCUGGGCCCCCAGCUUCUGGUGUCCCUCUGCUACCACCAUUGAUCGGUACGGAGGCUCUGGAUGGACCCCGCAUUAGCUUGACGAGACGAUCCCUUCCAGCCGCAGGCCUCGCUUCAGUCUGCAUACCUUUAAUUUGCAAAUAUUAUGAUAAUAAUGGCUAAUAGCUAGACUGCAGUAAGUUACGUGCGUUGUGGCUGCUGCCGUUCGGAGGGGGUGUCUGUCCUGCACGCUUCACCCCCGCCGGGAUGGUCAUGGCGAACACCUCCCUGUGUUACAGGACGCUCUGCGUUUACGCAUCACCCUCUGGGUUCAGACCCCAGGCUUUGGCUGUUUGACAUCACAUGCUAACAUGCCCAUUCAGUAACAGCAUUAUUUCCCAGUAUCGAUCGAAGGUACUUGGGGUCCAGACUCACUUAGGGCGUUAAUGCCAAGCUCGGCAUCAUCCCCACUGGCACGCUGUCGAACCCAUGAUGCAAACACAUCCCAGUAGUGCAUGUGGUCACGGUCGCCCUAAGGGCUAUCUCUGUACCAGAUGCCAAACUGCACGGCUUCUUGUGCCCUAAAGUGCAACCCAUAAUAAGCAGAGGCCGUCUCCAGGUAACAAGGGACGGUUUGAUGGCUCAUCGGAGUAGCUUGACACAGCAGGUCCCUUUAUUAGCCGGCGCAGCCUGUGGUACGCGGUACGCAUGAUCGCGACCUGCCGGCAUUCUCCACACGUGCUGUCAGCCUCAUUUUCCUCCUCUGUCAGUCUGCAGCGUUCACCAUCACUUCCUGUCCCUGGUUGCCCCCAUUUCCUGUCGCCUCUUUUCAAAUUUUUUUUUUCUCGUAACCGGAGAAACGACACUUCCGCGCUGUGCAGUGGAUCUUUUUCCAGCCGCGUGACAGGCAGCAGCGGUUGCAGUUGCCAGGUAACUGCCCCUCCAUGUUCCGGCCCAAGGGCUUCUGCUCACUAAAGCCACGUCUGAAAGAUGGGGGUGUGUUUCAGCCGGCCAGCUUUGGUCACAGUGCAUUGUGGGAAAGGAAUUGGCAAAGUGUCAUUUUCCUGUGGUCUGGUGUUACUCAUGGCACUGUUGGGGCGGUUGAGUUGCCUGCGUCGUGGAACCACUAACCAAAUCCCGAGUGGGAUAUCUCCAGAGACAUCUGACUGGUUUCCUGUCUCAUACGUCACCCGAUCCUGCUUCCUCUGACCCGUUCCUCAGUCGGUGCUGCCCCGCUGUGCUCGGCUGAGUGCCACCACGACUCCGGACCUCUCUCCUCGCUGCCUGAAACCUCCUGACCUCCACAGUGCCACCUCCUGGGCUAAUCUUGAACCUACAGGCGGGCUCCUGUUUUCCGUGUUUCCCCCCCCACACACUGCAGAUCUCUACCUCUGUGCCCUAUAUCGCUUGUAAUAAACCUGCCAGUUUAUCGGCGUUUUAGUGUAGGUCGCUCAUGCGAUGCAGCCCGUGCUGUCGCUCGUAUGCAAAUCCGCCUCCAUCUCUUACUGCUAAUUCCAGUCUUGACAUCGCUAAGGUGCUUGCUGACUUAGCCGCAGCCCUCGCCAUCAGCAUCUGCAGGGGAUGCGCCGAGGACAAUGCGCGUCAGCCGUGAGCUGCAGGGGGCGGCGUAGCGUUGCAGUGCUUUGAAAAUGUGCAAAUGUGGGGCCGGUGUAUCAACCCAGGGCCCAGUUUCACGCUCUGCCCCUAUUCUUGUGGGUCUGUGGGGGAAGGGGAGGAGGGGGGCUGUAUCAGCAGGGCUCAGAGAGACUUGGUGACUUAGCGAUUCGGGAGGAGGCUUCGCCUCUAGUUACGCCACUUCUGCAUCUUCUCUCUGCUUUGGUUUCACACACUCCAUAUCACAGUGCUCCAAAGCAGCCCUCCCCUCAAGUUCCUGGGAGCCCCCCCCCCUACAUCUAAAGGCCCUGGCCAAGUCCAUAUGUCAGCAUCCAGCUCAGAGGUCAGGGCAGAGGAGCUGGGCAGACCGAAAUAGCGCCCUGACUUCUGUUUUUCAUUUUUAGAGAACAUACCUGUCGAGAUCUAAGAAUCUGAUCGCGUUCGUUUGAAGUCUCCCCACACAGCCCCUAUUUGGGCUUAUUUUCCGCUUCAGGCCAUCUCGGUGGAGAAUGCCGAGUUCACUUUCACGCAGUCUGCACUGCCCCACGACGUUACAGAGGAAUGCCGUCUCCUGGAGUGGGAGCUCUGGCUUGGACAAGGCCGUCCUCCUCCUGCUGUUGGCACCGAUUCCACGCGGAGCUGAAGGAUCCUUCUGUUUUUUUUUAAUUAUUGGAACAGCAGGUCAUUUCCACUUUGUGUCGUCCCCGCGCUGGGAAGUGAUCCAGCUUGCAGCAGGGAAGGUUCCCCCUUACAAUCAAUCUGAAGUGUUGUCUUUAGUCAUCGGUGUUUUAAUCCUGUCGUCUUCAUUUCACAUUAUGUAGUCGGAGUGAUGCCGCUGCUUCUGCGCGAACGUGGGAGGAUAGUGGCCCUGUGUCUCUGAAGGCCGAAAACCACUGUCUUGCUCUGGGAGGGGGCAGAGGGACCUGGCUCAGUCCAGUUGGAGGGCACUGAAGCUGACAUUCCAGUCUGCGUCCAGUUAAGUGUGGGUUGUGUAAACAAAGGCCUCUUUUUCAGCCUUUCCCUGCAUGCGGGUAGCGGAUGUACGGUUUAUUUUCUUUCCUGCGAUGCUAAGCGGGUACCACACACCUUUUUUUUUUUUUCUUUUUUUUUCUGCACCUCAUCGGUGACUCCCACUUGACCUCACCCCUUCCCGUCCCAAGUAUUUCAUUCACAGGAGGGGAGCGGCGCUGUUGAAUUGUGGGUAGGGAGGCAUGCGGUCGCAUUGUUUUCUGGCCUUCUGGUGUUCACCAGCAGUAUUAAGUUCCUUUUCUGCCUGAUAAGGGCCUGAUGUCUGUUAGCACAUGCAGAGUGGAAAGCAUAACUGGGAGGCAGUAUGUGGGUCAUGUCGAAUGAUUGCUGCUGGGUCAGAGGUCGCCUCUCGGCCGCUGUGUAGGUUCGCAGCCGGGUUUUCCGUUCCGGUCAGCACACUCGCAGCUCGGAGGGCAGUGUGGUAACAAUUUCGCCCUGUGUGACGCAGCCGCCUGGCUGGACCCCCACCCCGCAUUGCGAGCGUGUUACCGCGGUUCCCGAGAUGACAGAGUAGCACAUGGACCCUGGUGGAGCGCUGCAGGUCUUCAUGAGAGGCUUCUGGGGAGUCUUUGAGAGCAAAAAGGAAGAAAAAAAAUUUCCAUUCUGUUUGCUUCAUGAGGAAAAUAUGCAGACCGCUGUUCAUCUCCCCCCCCGCCCGCCCCCGUUUUUCCAGGACGAAUCCAGCCGUCCCUUUGACGUCGUCCUGCUUUUAUUUGGUAGAGCGACGAGCGUGUGCCUUCCCCGGCCACCGGCUGGCCAUUUCCCACGAUGUGAACUUCUGUCCUAUGCAAGCGAAUUUUCUACAGAGCUGCGGUAACCAGACUCUACACAUGCUUCAUGUACAUAGUGUUUUUGAGAUAUAGUAUUUUUUAAUUUUGUAGGUACCUUUGAACAGAAACCUCUGGAAAAUGUCAUUUGUUAUGAUUGUGUAUAACAAGUAUGCCUGCCAUAUUUGUUAUAUAUAUAUAUAACCUAACACCUUUUCUUGUAGACAACUCGUACCAGGUUGUAUAAAGUCUCACUGGUUCUAUUUUUCUACUGCUCUCAGAGAGGGGGUGUUAACAAGGAACAUACAGUUUGCAACUGCGUAGCUUCUUCACAAUAAAAGUGCUUCUACAUA